AUGAUACUAAAAAAUUGAUAUUAUAUAAAUUUAUUUCUAAUUACUAUAAAAGCUUCAUUUAUUUCUAAUAAUUUCAAAUCAGUUACCCAGAUGGAACAAGAGAAACUCAGAAAAAUUUUAUCCAAUAGCUCUGAAGCAAGCGGCCAAAGCAUUUAUUCUCAUCUUCAAGAGAUUUUUUCUUACAUCCUUCGCGAAAAGCCUGAAAAGCUUUACGAAAACUUCGAAUCAAUCUCUUCCUUCGUAAAAGCAAACCGCUUUCUCUAUAGCGAGCCCAGACCAGCCUCAGAUCUUCAAAACAUCCAAUCUCGUUGGACCGUCCUCAGCAACUGGAUCAGAGACAAUGAAAAACUCCUUGAAAAAUACAAAGUAAAGACUUCUCAAGGCUUCAUCGUCGAAUCCCACCCUCCAGCCCUGCAUUCCUUAAGCGAUUUCUUAAAAGACGCCAAACUCCUUGAAUUCGCAGGAAUUAGCUUUGGCGAAGAAGAAACCUACAGAAUUCAAAUGUCCCUGAAGCGGCUUAUGAGAAGCAGCGGGGCGAAAGAAAUGAGAUUUUGGGGCAAAAUAUACGGAAGAGAAAAAGACUACUAUAUAGCAGAAGGCUUAUUAGAAGGAGCCGGCAAAGAAGAUGUAGAAAGACCAAAAGGCUUUGAAAAACGUGGAGAAGGUGUGAAUAAGUACACAUAUUGGGUAACUGACAGCAUCCUUGAAGACUGGAUUGAGCUUCCUGACGUAAGUCCUCAACAAAUCAUUGUGGCAAGACAGAUUAAAAAAGUUUUCACAGGAAACCUAAAUGCUGACAUUUUAAGCUACCCGAUUUUCCCAGGAAAAGAAAGGCACUUAUUAAGAGCUCAGAUCGCGAGAAUAACCGCAGCCACUGUUUUGGCACCAAAAGGGAUUUUUAAAGUCAAUGAAGAAGACCCACAAGUGAUUGAGCUUGAAGAGGAAUUAGCUGUCCCUACUUUUGAAGAACUGAGCUCUGACGAAAGCUGGGUACAUUUACAUGCAAAUAUUUUAAAGGCUGGAAGAGUGACCCAUGCGGAACCUGAAGUCCCUGAAGGGGAAGAAGUCGAUGUAGAAGAAAUCAAAGCAAAAAUGCAAGAUGAAGACCCUGUUGUGGAUAGAAUUAAAAUUAUUAGUGAAGACGAGCCAAUCGCUGAAGAAGAAAAAGGCUGGCAGUUUAGCUUGAUUGGGGAUAAUCAAGUGUAUGGGGCUAAGCCACCAGCAGAAGGGUCGGUGUGCUAUGCAGCCAAUGUGAUAAGAAAUGUGAGAUGGCCAGGAUCUUUAACAAUUCACAAAGGUGGAGCGUGGGUCAAUGUGUAUAUUGGAUAUGGAGUGAAACGACUUGAUCCAACAUUUAACCCAAUUUCACCUCCUGAUGUCCUGCCUGACCCUGAAGACCCAGUAGAGCAGCCAGAGCCAACCCCAUUAGUUGCUCCAGAAGAGCUAGAAAGUGACUCAGACGCAGAAAAAGAAAACGACGAAGAAGACUAA